CUCCCCCCGCGGGCCGUAGUAAGCAUGGCGGCAGCGGCAUUUGGAGUCUCCCGUGUGAAACAGAAAGAGGGAGCUACCGGGAGACUGGGGGAAGAGCGAGGCUGAGCCGCGGCGCCGUCACUGCGGGGACACCACUCCCACAGCAAUCACAGCGCCGCCGCUAGCAGCCCCCUCCGCUGCCAGAGCAAGGGAAGGGAGACGGGGCGGGGGAGGAGGAGGAGAAGGAGGCGGCGCCGCGGGACGACGGGGAGGCGAGACGGAGCCGGGAACCGCUGCGGGAGCGCGGCGCGGCUGAGGAGAAUUGGAGGGCAAUCCGGUGUUUAAUGUUUUACCAAUAAUGGCAGAGCAUCCACCACUCUUGGACACAACUCAGAUUUUAAGUAGUGAUAUUCCUCUUCUACCUGCACCUAUUGUAAGUGGAGAUGGAGCACAACAGCUGUCCCUUUUCACAAAUGUUAUUCUGGUGCAAGUUAACCCAGGGGAAGCUUUUACGAUAAGAAGAGAAGAUGGACACAUUCAGUGCAUUACAGGUCCUGCUCAGGUUCCAAUGAUGUCCCCAAAUGGUUCAGUGCCUCCUAUUUAUGUGCCUCCUGGAUAUGCUCCACAGGUUAUUGAAGACAAUGGUGUUCGAAGAGUUGUUGUGGUUCCCCAAGCACCGGAGUUUCAUCCUGGUGGGCAUGCAGUGAUACACAGACCCCCCCAUCCUCCUCUUCCUGGCUUCAUUCCUCUUCCAGCUAUGAUGCCGCCACCACCCCGUCACAUAUACUCACCAGUAACAGGAACUGGAGAUAUGGCAACACAGUAUAUACCACAGUAUCAUCCUUCACAGGUAUAUGGAGAUCUAGAUUCACUCUCUACACAUGGUAGAUCUAACUUUAGAGAUGAAAGAUCUAGUAAAACUUAUGAACGUUUACAGAAAAAAUUAAAAGAUCGACAGGGAUCACAAAAAGAUAAAUUGAGUAGCCCACCAUCGUCACCUCAGAAAUGUCCUUCUCCUACAAAUGAACAUAACGGACUUAUAAAAGGACAUAAUGUGGGUGGCUUAAGCACAGGAUCAGCAAAGAAUAAAGCAGGAAAAGGGAAAGUUGUCUCACAAGUGGAUACAGAAAUAGAAGAAAAGAAUGAAGAAACAAAAGCGCUCGAAGCCCUUCUUUCUAGCAUUACCAAGCCAGUGGUAUCAGACAUACAAGCAAGAAGAGUAGUACUUACAUGGUCACCUCCUUCCAGCAGCAUUAAUGGGGAAACAGAAGAAAAUAAUGUGCCAGAGCUGUAUGGUUAUGAAAUUCUGGUUUCAAAUACUGGAAAGGAUGGGAAAUAUAAAAGUGUUUAUGCUGGAGAAGAAACAAGUGUCACUGUAAACGACCUCAAGCCAGCAACUGAUUAUCAUGCAAAAAUACAAGCAGAAUGUAAUUCUAUAAAAGGAAAUCCUUCAGAAGCAGAAAGUUUUACCACAUUGAGCUGUGAACCAGAUAUACCCAAUCCACCAAGAAUUGCCAAUCGAACCAAAAAUUCACUCACAUUACAGUGGAAAGCACCUUGUGACAAUGGUUCUAAAAUCCAAAGUUAUCUUUUAGAAUGGGAUGAGGGGAAAGGAAAUGGAGAAUUUAGCCAAUGUUACUUGGGCCAACAGAAACAAUUUAGGAUUACAAAGUUAUCACCAGCAAUGGGUUGCAAAUUUAGACUAGCAGCCAAAAAUGACAAGGGCACAAGUGGCUUUAGUGAAGAAGUCUUAUAUCACACCUCAGGAAGUGCCCCUUCAAUGCCAGCAAGUCCUACACUCAUUAAAGCUGGAGUUACGUGGUUGUCCUUACAGUGGAAUAAACCUUCAGGAACACCAUCAGAUGAAGGAAUCUCAUAUAUUUUAGAGAUGGAAGAAGAGACAUCAGGAUAUGGCUUUAAGCCUAAAUAUGAUGGAGAGGAUCUUGCUUACACAGUGAAGAAUCUAAGACGCAGUACAAAGUACAAGUUUAAGGUUAUUGCUUAUAACUCAGAAGGUAAAAGCAAUCCAAGUGAAGUAGUAGAAUUUACUACUUGUCCAGAUAAACCUGGAGUACCUUUAAAACCUUCAGUUAAAGGAAAGAUACAUUCACAGAAUUUUAAAAUAACUUGGGAUCCACCAAAAGACAAUGGAGGAGCAUCUAUAAAUAAGUAUGUUGUAGAAAUGUCAGAAGGCUCAAAUGGAAACAAAUGGGAUGUGAUAUACAGUGGUACUGCACGGGAACACCUCUGUGAUCGCCUGACUCCUGGCUUCUCUUAUCGUCUACGUGUAUACUGUGUUAGUGAUGGAGGACAGAGUUCGGUAUCUGAACCAUUACUGGUUCAGACUCCAGCUGUUCUUCCUGGUCCAUGUUUCCCUCCCAGACUACAGGGUAAACCCAAAGCAAAAGAAAUCCAACUACGAUGGGGACCACCUCAGGUUGAUGGCGGGUCACCUAUUAUCUCUUACAGUGUAGAAAUGUCUCCUAUAGAAACAGAUGAACCUAGAGAAAUUUACCAAGGUUCUGAAGUAGAAUGUACAGUGAGCAACCUUCUUCCUGGAAAGACAUAUAACUUUAGACUGCGUGCAGCUAACAAAAUUGGGGUUCCAGUUAGUAACGGAGCAGAUGUCACUGAAUAUCGUUUGGAAUGGGGAGGAGUUGAAGGAUGCAUGCAAAUAUGUUACUGUGGACCUGGUCUCUGUUAUGAAUUAAAAGGACUUUCACCAGCAACUAUGUAUUAUUGCAGGGUCCAGGCUGUGAGUGUUGCAGGACCAGGCCCUUUCAGUGAAGUAGUAGUAUGCAUGACUCCAGCAUCAGUACCUGCAGUUGUGACUUGUCUUCAAGGAGUAAGCGAAGAUGAAGUUGAAAGUCCAGAUUAUUCCCCUUCCACAUGCCUAGCAAUAAGAUGGGAAAAGCCUUGUGAUCAUGGUUCAGAAAUCCUGUCCUAUAGCAUAGACUUUGGAGAGAAACAGCCUGUAACAGUGGGAAAGAUUUCAAGCUUUGUUAUAGACAAUUUGCAACCAGAUACAACAUACAGAAUACGAAUUCAAGCUUUGAAUAGCCUUGGAGCUGGUCCUUUCAGCCACACAAUAAAAUUAAAAACCAAGCCCCUUCCUCCUGAUCCUCCUCGCCUGGAAUGUGCUGCCUACAGUCACCAAAACCUCAAGCUAAAGUGGGGAGAAGGAACCCCAAAGAUAUUACCUACAGAUUCCAUUCAAUAUCACCUUCUAAUGGAAGAUAAGAAUGGAAGGUUUAUAUCCUUAUAUAGAGGUCCAUGUCAUACAUAUAAAGUACAAAGACUCAGUGAGUCAACAUCCUAUAAAUUCUGUAUUCAAGCUUGCAAUGAAGCUGGGGAAGGUCCCCUUUCUCAGAAAUACACUUUCACUACUCCAAAAUCAGUGCCAGCUGCCUUGAAAGCCCCAAGAAUAGACAAAAUAAACGAUCACACCUGUGAAAUCACAUGGGAGGUUUUACAGCCAAUGAAGGGUGAUCCAAUUAUUUACAGUCUUCAAGUUAUGGUGGGAAAAGACUCAGACUUCAAACAGAUUUACAAAGGUUCUGACUGGUACUUCCGGUAUUCAGGCCUUCAGCAGAACUGUGAAUAUCGUUUUCGUGUGUGUGCCAUUCGACAGUGCCAAGACACCGUAGGUGGUCAUCAGGACCUCGUAGGCCCCUACAGUGCCACUGUAAUAUUCAUCUCUCAGAGGACUGAACCUCCAGCCAGCACCCACAAAGACACUGUGGAAACCACAAGGUUGCCACGGACACUGACUGAUGAGCAGUGUGCUGCGGUCAUCCUUGUGCUCUUUGCUGUUUUCUCCAUUCUGGUUGCCUUUAUCAUUCAGUACUUUGUAAUCAAGUGAAAAUAUAAUUUUCUAUUAGAAUGCUUCCAUUACCUUUCCUUUAGUCAUGUUCCACAAAUAUUUCUGUUUUGCUUUUACAAGAACAGUGGCAUUUAGAACUGGCAUUGGGACCGUAGCACAUACCAUUUUUGCCACUUAAAAUGCUUAUAUUGUUAGAUAGAGGCUGGCACUUUAUUAGAACGCAAGCCACAGAAAUAUCAAGUAUAUUUUGAACAUGCCUUCUUAAACUACAAACUUUAUAUGAGGCAAAGAUAAAAUUGAGAUUUUGACCAAGUCAGCAUGAGUGUAACAGUGGUACACCUAUUCCUACUUUAAAAGAAGUGAAGCAUUCAGAAUGAGUCAGAGCAUUUAGAAGUUACACAGACACAUGCUGCAGAAACUAUUAGAUGCUGUGAAAGCAAUCUUGCGCUCUAUUUCUACCUCCUCAUUUGUCUUAAUUAUUUGGGAAUGGGAUUAUAAUAAAUAAUUGAGGGGACUUUCUCAGGCAGCAAACAAUAAACUGGAUGGACAAAUAUGCGUGAAAAGAAGCUUCUAAUUUGAUAAAUGUGGAGUUCUUUACUGCAAAUAGAUAUUUAUAAAACUGAAAUGGUGUGGCAUUGGCAGUUUAUCUUGCCUGAAAAUAAGUUUACUCAUAAAGGUACCUCUUCAGUAUCUUGCAAACAUGGAAAAGAGAGAAUUUUUAGAUAGUUACUUUUUAAAAAGUAAUUGGAAUCACUUUAGAACUUCACAUCCAUUGAAUUUGGUUUCGGUGUAUGGUGGUAGUAUGUGAGUUUAUCUCCAUAUACAUACAUGCCAUACAUGUAUAUAUACAUACCACAAUGUAUGACUAUAUAUACUACAGCUCUCUGAUCUACAAAGUUUGUAGGAUUACCCUAAAUUUUGCUGCUUCCCUUACAACUACUGCCAUCACCAUCAACAUUUAGAAUCAGACUUUAUAUCUUUGUUUAGGGGCACCAGAUCUGAAGUGAAAAUGUAAUUUGCACCAGAAAACUUCAAGCUGCUUCCUUUCUUGAAAAAAUCUAAUGUUUAAUGUAAUGUCUGUUUGGAGAUUGUACCAAAUUGUUGAUUGCAUGUGGUUAAUGUUGCAUUAGAGCACUUUGCAAUUGCAAAAUUCAUCAAUGUUUUGUGAGCUUGCAUUUGUGAGUUCUUGGAUGAUCAGACUGAAUUUUUCAAAUAUCCCAUUGAACAUCUUUUUGGAUGUCAGUGACUGCCAGUAACAUACAGCUUGUAGUGAAGCUAUAUAAAAUUCUUGUCUCAUCACAUCUAUACUAUCUGUUAAACACUUGUAAUUUGCCUUCUUAAUUUAUUAUUUGAUUUUUGUUAGGGUAGUGAAUCACUAAUUACUUAGUUGCUGGGUUUAGCAUUUUAAUGGUUAUUAAGCACUUCUGUCAGUCUUUGGGAAAAAAAAGAAAUGUAUGUUUUGUGCUUUGAAGAUCUUUGAAGAAUUUAUUAGAAUGGGCAUGUAUUGUACUUGUUUCACGUCCAAUGAUUUGUGCUGUUGAAUAACAUUAACUUUUGUUUAUAAAAGAAAUGGAUAAACUUGGCCUUCCCAAGGUAAGAAUGACCUGUCACUAUAAUGUACUGUAUGUUUACAUUUUUAUUUUAAUUCUGACAAUUCUAUAGAGGCUGAUACCUUCCCAUAAAACAGUGAUAGCAAACAUUUUCUAGAAACUUAUUAAAAGUGCCAUGUUUGGCAGUACAAAUGAGGUUGAGUGUAAUAUCCCAGAGAUUUCUAUAUGGUUGAAUGUCUAAAAUGGUAAGAUUUGCCACUGUGGUCAAACUCCAGUGGCUUGUUUUUCAUAGUAAAACUCAAAUGAACUCCUAUUUUUGAUAGUAAAUGUCAUUUAAUAGUGUAUUUGCCAUUUGAGCCUCACUGCAAAAUACUGCAGAGGAGAAAACAAUUUUUAAUGUAAUCUUAAUUUUACCUCAUAUACUGUACAUUCCAAAAAAAAAAAAAAAAACCUCUAAACUUUUUAAAAUGUUAUAGAUACACUACCAAACAUAUCACUUUAAAAUUGUAUAAUGUUGAACUUCAUAUAAAUGAAAAGUAUAAUCUCAUAGAAAUAUACAUAAACUAUGUAGCAAAAAUAUCUUUAAAAUCUGUGGAAAAUAAAAAUUGUAUCAUUCUU